AUGGGAAACCCAGGAAAUAAUGGUGAAGUGACUAUAUCAUCGAUAAACAGAGACAUUGAGAAUAUUUCCGAUGGCUCUUCCGAUAAUAGCACCGUGAAACCAAAGUCAUGGAAAGGCUACUUGUGGGAUACAUGGGACCUUCCGCCGGAUGAGCGAUGGCUUCUUUUCAAAGUCGAUGCAUUUGUUCUCACAUUUGCUUCGAUUGGAUAUUUUCUGAAGAACAUCGACCAAACGAAUGUCAACAAUGCUUUUCUUAGCGGAAUGGAAGAGGACCUACAAAUGUUUGGCAACCAACUCGUUACUAGCACAUCUAUCUGGACUGUUGGCUACGUCAUUGGCCAAAUCCCUUCUAAUCUCCUUCUUACAAGAGUGUCCCCACGUUGGGUUAUACCCUCACUUGAGGUAGGAUGGGGUAUUGCGACCAUCUGCACAUCGAGUGUGAAAUCUUAUCAUGCGCUCUAUGCUCUCCGCUUCCUAGUUGGUUUUUUUGAGUCCGGUUUUUACCCAGGCAUUCACUACCUUCUAGGAUCAUGGUAUACCCCUCGAGAGAUCGGAAAGCGGGCUAUGGUCUUUUGGCUGGCUGGCUCUGUCGGCUCUUUGUUCAGCGGCUUUCUGCAGGCAGCUGCUUAUAAGAAUCUGAACGGGACGAAUGGUUACGCAGGCUGGCGCUGGCUUUUCAUUAUCGACGGAAUUAUCACGCUACCACUCGCAGUCGCUGGCUAUCUCUUCUUCCCCAAUCUCCCCCAAGGCGGAAAGAAAACAUGGUGGACAACCGAAGAAGAGCAUGUACUCUCGUUGAAGAGAAUGCAGCUCAUCGGUCGUGCUGGAAAGCAGCCGUGGACAAAGGCAAAAGUGAAGAGAAUUCUUUUGAGCUGGCAUACCUACCUUCUCCCAAUGUUGUACAUCGUCUGGAAUAAUGGUAUACCCCAGGCCGGUAUGGGCUAUUGGCUCAAGAGCUUCAAUGCCCACCAUCCCCCAGUUCCAGGAAAAUCUUUCUCUGUUCCACAAAUUAACAAUCUACCACUUCCCACGACUGGUAUCUUCAUUGUCAUGGCGUUGAUCUGGGGCUGGCUCUCGGACGGGCCUUGCCGAGGCGCUCGCUGGCCAUUCAUUUACGCUGGUGCUGUGAUCACUCUUCUCAUGAGUGUUUUCUUACUCAAGGUACCCUUAUACUCGGAUAUCAAGGGCAGAAUGGCUGUAUAUUGGCUAAGCAACAUUGGGAUGGGCGCGGGUCCUCUGAUUCUCAGCUGGAUCAACGAGAUCUGCUCCGAUGACACGGAGAAGCGAGCGUUACUUGUUGCAAUGGCGAAUGACCUUGCUUAUGUCGUUCAGGCUGUUGCUCCCAAUUUUGUGUGGAAGACUACUGCGUUCCCUCGAGCUGCUAAGGGAUAUACAUGGUCGAUUGUGCUCCAAAUCCUGCUAAUCGUUGUCACUGCCGCUAUUCAGUUCCUGCUAUGGCGGGAUAGAACAAAGGCAGCAGAGGUACAUCGGACCGUGGACCCCGUUGAUCUUUCGUCGACAGAAGAAGAGGAGCGUCAUAGCAAAGAUAUAGGACCAUCACGGGUCAAAUUUGUCGGUCAAGAUUAG